AUGAACGAUGCUAUCACGCCCGUGUCUUUAGAAGAAGGAGCUGUAUCAUUAGAACCGCUAGUGGAGAACUGUCACAAGCUGCUAGAAAUAUUCCAUUACUCGUGGGAGAUGAUGCCUUUGGUUCUGGUCAUCCUCAACUACGCGGGCAACGACCUCGAGGAGGCGUCGCGGAAAAUUGACGAAGGUAAGCCUUCUAAUUCUACAAGCGUUACUAUGGCAACGGCGAUGGUGCUUACAGAACUUAGUUCAGCCUAA